AGCCCCUAGGAGCCACCGCCGCCGGCCGCACUCGGAUCGCAGCGGGCGCAGCCAUGGCUUCAGGGCUGGCGGAGGCGGAGACCCGGCAGAGGUUGCUGCGCACCGUCAAGAAGGAGGUGAAGCAGAUUAUGGAGGAAGCCGUCACGCGCAAGUUUGUCCAUGAAGACAGCAGCCACAUCAUCUCUUUCUGUGGGACUCCAUUAGGGAAUUUGGAAGUAGAGAAAAGAUUUGGAAGUAGAGAAGAAAUUAAGAAUGACAUCUGCACCCCGGGAAAAGCGGCUGUGGAGGCCUGCGUCCUGCAUGGCCUGCGGAGGCGAGCGGCUGGCUUCCUGCGCAGCAACAAGAUCGCAGCUCUCUUCAUGAAAGUGGGCAAGAGCUUCCCGCCAGCAGAGGAGCUGAGCCGCAAGGUGCAGGACCUGGAGCAGCUGAUUGAGAGCGCGCGAAACCAGAUACAGGGCCUCCAGGAGAAUGUGCGAAAGCUGCCAAAACUGCCCAACCUGUCCCCACUCGCCAUCAAGCACCUGUGGAUCCGUACAGCCUUGUUUGAGAAGGUCCUGGACAAAAUUGUUCAUUACCUUGUGGAAAACAGCAGUAAGUAUUACGAGAAGGAAGCUCUCCUGAUGGACCCCGUGGAUGGCCCCAUCCUUGCAUCUUUGUUGGUAGGGCCCUGCGCCCUGGAGUACACCAAGAUGAAGACUUCCGAUCACUUCUGGACGGACCCCUCAGCCGACGAGCUUGUCCAGAGGCACCGCAUCCACAGCUUGCACCUGCGACAGGACUCGCCCACCAAGCGUCCGGCCCUCUGCAUCCAGAAAAGGCAUUCGAGCAGCAGCAUGGAUGACCGGCCGUCCCUCUCCGCCCGUGACUACGUAGAGUCCCUGCACCAGAACUCCCGGGCCACCCUGCUCUAUGGCAAGAACAACGUUCUGGUUCAGCCGAGGGAUGACAUGGAGGCUGUGCCGGGGUAUCUGUCCCUGCACCAGACAGCUGACGUCAUGACCUUGAAGUGGACGCCCAACCAGCUGAUGAACGGGUCUGUGGGAGACCUGGACUACGAGAAGAGCGUCUACUGGGACUAUGCCAUGACCAUCCGCCUGGAGGAGAUUGUCUACCUACAUUGCCACCAGCAAGUGACUUCCUGCUGGGUCUCCUCUGGCCGGGUCGCGGUGGCAGUGGACAGCGGUGGGACAGUGGUGUUGGUCAGCCAGGACGGGAUCCAGAGGCCGCCCUUCCGCUUCCCCAAGGGAGGUCACCUCCUGCAGUUCCUCUCGUGCCUGGAGAAUGGGCUCCUCCCUCACGGGCAGCUGGACCCGCCACUCUGGUCUCAGCGGGGGAAGGGCAAAGUAUUUCCCAAACUGCGCAAGCGAAGCCCUCAGGGUUCGUCCGAGUCCACGUCUUCAGACAAGGAAGAUGAGGAGGCCACGGAUUACGUGUUCAGGAUCAUCUACCCUGGCAUGCAGUCCGAAUUCGUCCCCCAGGACCUGAUGGAUGUCUCCGUGAGCAACCUGCCAUCCCUAUGGCAACCCAGCCCACGGAAAUCUUCCUGUUCACAGAGUGGCUCGGCUGAUGGUGGCUCAACCAAUGGCUGCAACCAUGAGAGGGCUCCCUUAAAGCUUCUCUGUGACAAUAUGAAGUACCAGAUUCUUUCCAGAGCCUUCUAUGGAUGGCUUGCCUACUGCAGACACCUGUCCACUGUGAGGACCCACCUGUCAGCCCUGGUCAAUCACAUGAUCGUGUCUCCGGACUUGCCCUGCGAUGCUGGACACGGGCUGACGGCCGAGAUCUGGGAGCAGUACCUGCAGGACAGCACAAGUUACCAGGAGCGGGAGCUGCUGCGUCUCAUCUACUACGGGGGCAUCCAGCCAGAGAUCCGCAAAGCCGUGUGGCCCUUCCUCCUGGGCCACUACCAGUUUGGGAUGACAGAAACAGAAAGGAAGGAGGUGGACGAGCAGAUGCAUGCCUGCUAUGCGCAGACCAUGUCCGAGUGGCUGGGCUGUGAAGCGAUUGUGCGGCAGAGGGAGCGGGAAUCCCACGCGGCCGCCCUGGCCAAGUGCUCUUCGGGGGCCAGCCUGGACAGCCACCUGCACCGGAUGAUGCACCGGGACUCCACCAUCAGCAAUGAGUCCUCCCAGAGCUGCAGUUCGGGCCGCCAGAACAUCCGCCUGCAGAGCGACUCCAGCAGCAGCACACAGGUCUUCGAGUCUGUGGACGAGGUGGAGCAGGUGGAGGCAGAAUGCAGGUUGGAGGAGAAGCAGCCCAAGAUCCCCAAUGGGAACCUGGUGAAUGGCACCUGUUCCCCAGACUCCGGCCACCCUUCCUCCCACAACUUCUCCUCGGGCCUCUCGGAGCACUCAGAACCCAGCCUGAGCACGGAGGACAGCGUCAUGGACGCCCAGCGCCCUGCCCCACUGGUGAUUCGACCCAGGGACAGCGGUGUGGAUGACGGGCAGAGCAGCGAGGCCACCACUUCCCGGGAUGAGGUCCCCCGUGAGGAGCUGGCUGUGCAAGACAGCCUGGAGAGCGACCUCCUGGCCAACGGGAGCAUGGACGAGUUCGUGUCCAUCACUGGCAGUAUGGAUGUAGCUCUGCCCGAAAGGGAGGGCCCUGCGAUGGAGGGCUGGAGGGGCAUCGAGGUGGGGAAGCAGAGCCAGGUGGGCAGUGAGGACGACCUCUCAGAGGAGCCCGAGAUGGAAAGUCUCUUCCCUGUGCUCGCUUCUCUGGCCGUGACCACUUCUGCCAACAACGAGGCAUCCCCUGUGUCUUCUAGUGGCGUCACCUACUCUCCAGAGCUGCUGGAUCUGUACACGGUGAACCUGCACCGCAUCGAGAAGGACGUGCAGAGGUGUGACCGCAACUACUGGUACUUCACACCCGCCAACCUGGAGAAGCUACGGAACAUCAUGUGCAGCUACAUCUGGCAGCACAUUGAUAUCGGCUAUGUCCAGGGUAUGUGUGACCUCCUGGCUCCACUGUUGGUCAUUCUGGAUGACGAGGCGCUUGCCUUCAGCUGCUUCACCGAGCUCAUGAAGAGGAUGAACCAGAACUUCCCCCACGGAGGCGCCAUGGACACGCACUUUGCCAACAUGAGGUCGCUAAUCCAGAUCCUGGACUCAGAGCUCUUCGAGUUGAUGCAUCAGAAUGGGGACUACACUCACUUCUACUUCUGCUACCGCUGGUUCCUGCUGGAUUUCAAGCGAGAACUCAUCUAUGAUGACGUCUUCUCUGUUUGGGAGACCAUCUGGGCAGCCAAACACGUGUCGUCCGCCCACUAUGUCCUGUUCAUCGCGCUGGCGCUGGUGGAGGUCUACCGUGACAUCAUCUUGGAGAACAACAUGGAUUUCACAGACAUCAUCAAAUUUUUUAAUGAAAUGGCCGAGCGACACAACACCAAGCAGGUCCUGAAGCUGGCCCGGGACCUCGUGUACAAGGUGCAGACCCUGAUUGAGAACAAGUGAGGACCACGUCACCCAGGCAGCGUCACCCAAGCCUCUGCCCACCUGCCUGUCCCGCCUGCUUCUCCUCCUGGCCGCCCAGGGAGCAAGGUCCUGGCAUCUGUUCCCGAGCAUGGACCUCUGUGCAAAGAGAAAGUACCCCAACUUUGGCCACCAGGCAGGUGGGAUCGAGGGAUUGCCCCUUCAGUUCAGCCUUACGUUUUUCUGUUUGACCAAAGAUUGCCCAAGUCUGGGAUUUCUCCCUUGUGGGAGUUGGGAGUUGUUGGUGUGCGGAGGGAACAUCUUCGUUCGUGGUCCCCAGAAUGGUCUCCUCCCUCUUCUCUCCCAUCCCUCCAACUGUCUGGUCGGAUGAGACUUGGGGAGGGAACUUUUUGGAAACUGGUAUAAGAGAGGUCUGUGGGGCUACCUCUGUACUUUGAAAGGGGCCUUUGGAGAUGUUCCAGAACGUGGCUGGAAGGUUGGCCUAGAGCAGAGCACUGUUGACAUUUAAUGCUUUUUUGAGGGAUGCUGCCCUGUGCACUGUUGGAAUUUGAGCAGCAUCCCUGGCUCUACCUACUACGUGCCAGUAGCACCCUCCUCCCCAGCCCCUUGUGACAUCCCGGAGCACCUCCAGACAUUGCCAAAUAGCCCCAUUUGAGAACCACUGGCUUGGAGGAGGGGCUACAAGUGUAACUCCCUCUCCACUUUCUUUGUACCUGAGCCGCCUAUAUCCUGAGACUUUCUUCCAUUUAGAAAAGGCACAUGGGGUCCUUUGCACAUCUCUCUUGGGGUCCGGGAUUUCAACCGUUGUAUAUUUCUCAUUUUUUCUCCUCCAUCUGGCCCAGGAGAGACUUUUUUCUUCUUUUAAAGAAAGACGUCUGCCUGUGAGAAGUGUCUGUAAGCAUGAGAUAGGCCUCUUCCGGGUCCUGCUCAGGAGCCCCCGGGCAGGGCAGAGUCCACAUCCCCUUCCUCUCUUCCUAGGGAGGACCUCGCCUCUCCUUCCAUACAUCGGGUCUGAUGUUCCAGAAGCUUGGAAGAUGUGUGUUGGUGCAAGCCACUUGUUUAGGGAGGCUGGCUUUUCUCUAAGUGCCCUUGCUCACUCAGGACAAAGGAGGGAAAGGAGGACAGAGGUUGGCCCAGGUAGGGUAUGGCGGGUGUUUUCCUUGGGAAAGAAACAUCAGCUGAUGAACUGGUGCCAGGGUCACAGACCAGACUGGAAAUGGUCCCCUCCAUGUCUUCACACAGAGGGUCACCAAUCCCCAAACAGACCCUAAGCAAGCUAGUUUACCUGCCUACCUGUCCUCCCAAGAGAGAGAGUGGUCCUGCCAGCCCUUCUCUUCCGAGAGUGUACGAGAGUCGGGAGAAACAGUGAGAGUUGGGGAGGGAUGCUCGUCCCAAGAAUGGCAGGUAGGAUUUUGGAGAGGGUAGGAGACUCGUCAAGCACUUUGAAGCAUUCGCAGAGAGAGUGCAUUAGUCCUUCCGUCCUGAGCAAACCAGGAAGGGGAGCAAUCCCUGCCUGGCGUGCUUGUGAAGGCCCUUCCCUUGGACCCAGCACUUUAGGUUGCACUGAACUUCCGCCUGAGUAUGGUCUCCUGGGCAGGAUGGAUGACACUAGAUGGCCCUCGCUUCCAAAGAACGCUCCGUGAGAAAUGCAUCUCCUCGCCCUAGUCCCCCACCUUCCCAAGAUGGGAGAAAAUGUAUGAAAGUCCCCUCCAGAUAAAAGUUUAUAUUGCCAUUCAACUGUUCACUACAGAGGAUGUUAUUUUAGCAAGACCCAGGUCCUAGACCUUCCGAUUCUUAUUUAUUUUUUGACAGACUAGUCUGAAAGUACAGCACAAAAUCUCUUCUCUGCCUUCUCUCGUGGUGUUCCAGAGAGCGUCGUGGUUGUGAUUUGGAAUAACUCCUAUUUAUUCGGCUUACUGUGUUUAUUUGGAUCUUUGUACGUUGUGUGUGUCCUUGUGUCCCUGAAUCGUAUGCGUGUGAGUUGUUUUAUCUAUGGAGUGCCCUCCUUUCCUCAGUGUUGCCAACAUAUCUUGUUACAGUUUACUACAGAGUUGUGUCUAUAUAGAGAGAAAAUAUAUAAACAGAAACAUGUGAA